AUGUUGCGCUGCGGACUGGGGUGUAGGGUGACCAAUGUGACACUAUAUCUGGGCAAGCUUAAUGCUACCAAUGAUACUAUGACAUCUCAACAUAUGGUCGACUAUUAUUUGCACCCGGAUUAUAAUCACACCGAGUCGGUAUUGAGCAACACUGAUGUAGCACUUAUCAAAAUAGCCCAUGGUGUUAUUUUGGAUCACUCAACCGAUUUGAGUCAAUUCAAUAGCAUUUGUUUGCCCGUCAAAGACAGUGUCAACGAUGACAAUGAAUACGCAAUUAUAAAUGCUUAUGAGUACAACCAAUACGACCCAAAUUCUAAUCUUGAUUUCAAACUAAAAACCGGCCUUGUUAAGAUUUAUAAACUGGGCAAUGAUGUGGCAGAGGAUCAGGGUGGUUUGCUUAUUAUUGGUCAACAAUUACGUGGAUCAAUUUGCGACGGCGUCCAUUUUGGUGGUCCGCUAUACCAAUCAGUGAACGGAGUGGCAGUACUUAUUGGUAUAGCAAUCGGUGGCACUAAUAAUGGCACAUGUAUUCCAGACAACCAUGAGCAAUUCAUUGAUCGCCUAGGCCUCGAAAUUUACGCAUCGGACAAAUCACUUACUUUUGUGAUUAUGAAAAACAACAAUACUAUACUGAUGCUUAAAAAACAGAUUUACCAGCAAGUUUCAAACAAGUUUGGCAAACAAAAGCCCAGAGAAAUACCAGCCAAAGAUCAAACGUUGAUUUACAAGAAUCAAUACCUUGAUGAUGUCAAAAAGAUCAGCUAUUAUAACAUGGUUAGAGCAGACCGGAUUGAUUUGGUGGAUCAACCUCCUUGA